AUGAAUCCACAAUUGGGGCAUAGACAUAACCCUUAUUUAAAUUUGUUAAACAGGAGACUCACGACAUUCCUAUGCCUGAUUAUAGUAGUACACACACGACUCAGUUGUUCCUGGACAGGAAGUCCCUCAAAUAUAUCGCAAUUCCACCUUUCGAACGUCAAGACCGUAAACUCACAGAAUCUGACAUUAAAAAACUACCGGGAUCUAAGGAGAAACUCGCACAAUGGGCUAGAAGAUAAAGUAGAAGACCUGAAAAAUGUCUUCCAACAGAAGUUCGGGCUCGAAAAUGAACUAUCGAAGAUGGAAGAUCCCCAAGUGUCAACCUACGAAGGAGAUGAAACGCUGACUAAAUCGGCAAGUCAACCAGAAAAGGUGGAAGUGUCGGGAGAGGAGACGUACCCGUUCCAAGCAGAAGUUAGCAGAGUGAUGGACAUAAUAGUAAACUCACUGUACACAGACAAGGACAUCUUCCUGAGAGAACUGGUAUCUAACGCAGCAGAUGCACUGGAUAAGAGACGUUUAAAGGCAGACCCAGAAGAAAAGGUGCCAAAAGAAGCAUUCGGAGGAAUCAGAAUAAUACCAGAUAAGAAUGUUAGCACAUUAACAAUAGAAGAUGACGGAAUAGGAAUGAGCGCAGAAGAGCUUAAAACGAAUUUAGGAACAAUAGCAGAGUCAGGAACAGCAAAGUUUCUGAAGCAGGUAAGUGAAACAGAGAAUGAUUGUCUAGAUGGAGUGGAAGAAAGUAACCUGAUAGGACAGUUUGGAGUAGGAUUCUAUUCAUCGUACCUGGUCUCGAACAAAGUGGAAGUGUACUCGAGAGCGUACGGCAAGGAGGAAGGACCGGUGUAUAGAUGGAAGUCGGACAGUAACGGAACGUACACAAUAGGGAAGGUUAACGACCAGGAGCUGAAUGAAAAGUUCAUGAAGUGCGGAACGAGAAUAGUGCUUCACCUGAAGCCGGAGUGCGACGACUACCUGGAGGACUAUAAGCUGAAGGAGCUGCUGAGAAAGUACUCGGAGUUCAUAAGGUUCCCAAUCCAGGUGUGGGUGGAAAGAAUCGAGUAUGAAAGAGUGCCAGAUGACACGACGAUGGUGGACGGAAAGCCAGGAAGGUACAAGACGGUCACUAAGAAGAGGCACGAGUGGGAAGUGGUAAACACGCAGCUGCCAAUAUGGAGAAGAGACCAGUCGUCAAUCAAGCCGGAAGACUACGUGUCAUUCUAUAAAUCGACGUUUAAGGCAUACGAAGAUCCGCUGAGCUAUAUACACUUCAGAGUGGAAGGACAGGUGGAGUUUACAUGUCUGCUGUUCGUGCCAGGCUCAGUGCCCUGGGAGUUGAGUAGAAACAUGUUCGACGAGGAGUCGAGAGGAAUCAGGCUGUACGUGAAGAGAGUGUUCAUCAACGAUAAGUUCUCAGAGUCGAUACCGAGGUGGCUGACGUUCGUAAGAGGAGUGGUGGACUCAGAUGAGUUGUCACUUAACGUAGGAAGAGAGUACCUGCAGAGGUCGAAAGCACUGACAGUGAUCAACAAGAGAAUAGCAGCGAAGGCAAUAGACAUGCUGAAGAACCUGAAAAACAGUAACAAAGCAAGGUUUGAAAGAUUCACGGAAAACUUUGGAAAGUAUAUAAAAAUAGGAGUGGUGGAAGAUAGAGAUAACCAGCAGGAAUUGGCGUCACUGGUGAUGUUUAGAAGCUCGAAGGAAAAGAAGACGACGCUGGACGAGUACGUGCAGAGAAUGAAGAAGGAUCAGCCAGCAAUCUACUUCAUAGCAGCAGACAGUGAACAGAGCGCGGAAAAUUCGCCGUCAUUGGAAAAGUUUAACCAGUUGGACUACGAAGUGCUGUACUCACUGGAGCCGAUAGACGAGUUUUGUCUAUCGUCACUGAUGGCAUCAAAGUACAAAGGGAUCAUGAUACAGGACGUAAAUAAACACGACGUUAAGCUGGGAGAAAGCGCAGAAAGUGGCAGUGGUAGUGGUUCAGCAGAUGGAAAAGGCAGUGAUGGGAUCGGAGGAGGAGCAUCAGGAGGGGGAGCGAGUUCAGGAGGAAGAGGAGGGUCGGAAGCAGACCACGAAAUGCUGUGCACGUGGAUGAAAAGUAACUUCUCAGACAGAGUGCAGGAAGUGAAGAUCAGCAGAAGGCUGGUGGAGUCACCAGCACUGCUGGUGCAAGCAGACUUCGGACUCUCGCCGAGUAUGCAAAAGUACAUGAGACAGCAGGCGACGAGCGCAGGAAUGAACGAAACGGAGCUGUUCGGAACGUCAAUGGUCUCGAAACCAGUGCUAGAACUUAACCCAGACCACCCAAUCAUAGCAAGUCUGGAAAGAAUGCUUAAGGUCGACGCACUGAGGGACAGAAUGAAGGAGAUCGCAGGACGCCUGAUCGACGUGGUGUCAAUACAGGGAGGAUACGUGGUGGAGCACCCGAGCACGUUCGCAAAGGGGAUCAUCAAGCUCAUGCAAAACGAAGCAAGUCGGUACCUGAGCGAGAGUGAGCGAGAGGCGGAAGAGGGAGGAGAGAACACAGAGCAGAUCGCAGCGAGUAAAAGCAGAGACCCGGAAAAGGAAACGCAUAGGCCUCUGGCAAGUGAAGAGAAUAUGAACCCAGAGGAUGUAAGCACCUCGAGCAGUUCGAGUGACCUGGCGAGUGGGAAAGAGGAGGGAACGGGAAGUCCGGAGUUGGUCGGAACGACCUCAGAAACCAUUAACGAUGUUGUACAGUAG